GCGCGCCGCUUUAGCUGGCCUCAAUCUCCCCGCCACACACCCCACCCCCUUGCUCCAGCUCACGCGCGCACCACAGUUCGUCUGACGCUCACGAUCUUGUCUCCUUCCCUCACACUUCCAUCUCCCUUCCCCUUCCUUUUCUUCACCUCUCUCUCUCUCUCUCUCUCUCUCUCUCUCUCUCUCUCUCUCUCUCUCUCUCUCUCUCUCUCUCUCUCUCUCUCUCUCUCUCUCUCUCUCUCUCUCUCUCUCUCUUCCUCUCCCUCCAGUCACACUCACACUCUCCUUCAAUCAGAGCACCUCCCCUACCAUUCGCCUGGGUCCCUUUUGCUUGGCUGAAAAGAGACAUCUUUCCAUAACCUUCCCCCGUCAUUCAACAGCCCCUCCCCCGCGUGGGUUCCAAGCUGGGCACAGCUGCUGCAAGAGGCGCUGCCGCGCACCUAGUACACAUAUACGGAGUCGUUGAAUGUGACACACUCACCCACCCACACAGACACUCCGGGACUCCCCAGGGUGUUCUUUCCCUCUUUCGCACACUCACGCGCUCAGACUCAGACACAAGCACGCAAGCACUGAGCGGAUUGCUUCUCGCCUGCAGUUGGCACUCUCAUUUCACUGUACCAGCCUCGCAGCGCGGAUGGCAUCUACGGGCUCUGGCUUCUGGUCCUUCGGGUCCGAAGAUGGCUCUGGGGACCCAGAGAAUCCUUCUACAGCGAGAGCCUGGUGCCAGGUUGCCCAGAAGUUCACCGGAGGCAUUGGAAACAAACUCUGUGCCUUGCUGUAUGGAGACGCGGAAAAGCCCAUGGAAACGGGCGGCGAGAAAGAGACUCAAGGAUCAACCGAAAAAAAGGCUGUCUGUACUUGCAAUCAGAAGCCCUGUAGCUGCCCCAAAGUGGAUCUCAAUUACGCGUGUUUACACUCAACAGAUCUGUUGCCAGCAUGUAACGGAGAAGCGGCCACUUUGUCUUUUCUCCAAGAUGUAAUGGACAUUUUGCUUCAGUAUGUGGUGAAGAGUUUUGAUAGAUCUACCAAGGUGAUCGAUUUUCAUUACCCAAACGAGCUUCUUCAAGAAUAUAAUUGGGAACUGGCAGAUCAGCCCCAGACCUUGGAGGAAAUUUUGUCCAACUGCAGAACAACUCUAAAAUAUGCAAUCAAAACAGGUCAUCCUAGAUAUUUCAAUCAGCUUUCCACCGGAUUGGAUAUGGUUGGAUUAGCAGCAGACUGGCUAACAUCAACAGCAAAUACUAAUAUGUUCACCUAUGAAAUUGCUCCAGUGUUUGUACUUUUGGAAUAUGUUACAUUAAGGAAAAUGCGAGAAAUUAUUGGCUGGCCAGGGGGCAGUGGCGACGGGAUCUUUUCACCUGGUGGUGCCAUAUCUAACAUGUAUGCUAUGUUGAUUGCACGUUUCAAGACGUUUCCAGAAGUCAAAGAGAAAGGAAUGGCAGCUAUUCCCAGACUGGUUGCCUUCACAUCUGAGCAUAGUCACUUUUCAGUAAAGAAGGGAGCUGCAGCCUUGGGAAUUGGAACAGACAGUGUGAUUCUGAUCAAAUGUGAUGAAAGAGGGAAAAUGAUUCCAUCUGAUCUGGAGAGAAGAAUUGUUGAAGUCAAACAGAAAGGAUUUGUUCCUUUCCUUGUGAGUGCCACUGCAGGAACCACAGUGUAUGGCGCCUUUGAUCCCCUUCCAGCUAUUGCUGACAUCUGCAAAAAAUAUAAGAUCUGGAUGCAUGUGGAUGCUGCUUGGGGUGGCGGACUGCUGAUGUCCCGGAAACAUAAAUGGAAGUUAAAUGGUGUGGAAAGGGCCAACUCUGUGACAUGGAAUCCUCACAAGAUGAUGGGUGUUCCAUUGCAGUGCUCAGCUCUGCUGGUUAGAGAAGAGGGCUUGAUGCAAAGCUGCAACCAGAUGCAUGCUUCUUACCUCUUUCAACAAGAUAAACACUACGACUUGUCUUAUGAUACUGGAGACAAGGCUUUACAGUGCGGGCGCCAUGUUGAUGUUUUCAAAUUAUGGCUAAUGUGGAGAGCAAAGGGAACCAUUGGAUUUGAAGCCCAGGUUGAUAAGUGUUUGGAGCUGGCAGAGUAUUUAUACAAUCUUAUAAAAAACAGAGAAGGAUACAAAAUGGUGUUUGAUGGAAAGCCUCAGCACACAAAUGUCUGCUUCUGGUAUAUCCCCCCAAGUUUACGGCACAUGGAAGACAAUGAAGAAAGAAUGAGCCGCCUUCUAAAGGUUGCUCCCGUGAUUAAAGCCAGAAUGAUGGAGUAUGGAACCACAAUGGUCAGCUACCAACCCUUGGGAGAUAAAGUCAAUUUCUUUCGCAUGGUCAUCUCAAAUCCAGCAGCAACUCAUCAAGACAUUGAUUUCCUGAUUGAGGAAAUAGAACGCCUUGGACAGGAUUUAUAAUCAUGCAGCCACCCAAGCUAUCCCAGCUCUUUAGCUAAACAAUUAAGUUGUCACAAACUGUGUGAAUGUAUUUGUAGUUUGUUCCAAAGUGAAUCUAUUUCUAUAGUGUGGUGUCAAUGUAGAGUACAGUUUAAAAAACCAGGAAACAUUGCUCCUUUUAAAAGCCCUUCCUUAAGUUUGAGGAUGAAUACCUCUUUCAUAAUUAACAGUACAAAUAAUAAGGAAAAGCUGAAAAUUAUUAAAAAUGUUCCCCCAAUUCCAGCAAAGUGAGCAAAGUUAGUAUGUAUUUUCAUUUCAGAGUAGUAGGGUUGAAUGGUGCCAAAUUUGCCCCCAAGAUUCACAAAAUGUUCUUUGGGGUGUAGUAGGGGAUAAAGGAUAAAGCAAAUAUAAAACUAUGUUGAAAAUAAAAACUCUUGCCUUUUUCAUAGUAUUAGAAAAGAAUUUCUAAUUUACCUAUAGCAACAUUUCAAAUGUAUUUAAAUACAUAUAAUUUUACAAAAGGAAAUAUAUAUAUAUAUAAAAAGAAGAUCCUAUUUUGUAAAGUAUAGAUUUUUAUUUUAUAUGGGUUAUAAAAACUUCUGGGGCAGAAAUGAAAAACUAAACAGAUUUUUUUCUUCCAAUGGAGGCACAUGAGAUACUUAGUAAUGCUUAUUUUGAAACAUAGACCCACAUAAAUUCUUAAAAUGUGGAACAACUUAUUUCUACAUGUCUCACAGCUUGUCACAUCUAUAAGAUUUAGUAUUUCAAAACCUCCCAAGAGCACUGAAGCUCUUAAAAAUGCUAGAUCAGAUCAAUUAUAGGACAACAAUAGGGCUCUCUUCUCAAUUAAGUUUUCCACAUGGUCUUCCCUCAGCUGAUCCACAUAGUAUACAGUAUUUAACAAGCCUCAGUCUAAGAUUAUAUUAGGAUGAUUUUCUUUCUUCUGCCUUCUAAUUCUUUUCUCCCCUCUGAACUGUUGAUGCUUAUUCUCAAAGCAUCUUUCCAAACAGCAUUGAUUAAUUAGGUCAUUCAGAUUAAUUAGGGAAAAAGAAACUAAAAUCUACUAGAGAUUGAACAGAAGUAAUUGAGGCAUGGUCUUGAGAUGUGAUAAGUCAAGAGAAUUAAACUCCCACUUGGUUGAAAAGAUAUCUAUGUGGGGAAAAAAAAUUAAAAGAACUUUCUAGAUGCUAUAUUACCUCCAGAAGGGGACCAGGAAGAAGUAAUUUACUUCAUAGAUACUUAGUUAUUAUCCCACAGAGUCUUUAAUGAUAAGUUCACUAAUUUUGGGAAUGGAUGAUGGUUCUUUUCCCCCACACAAGUUUAAACUUUCCUAAAUUCCCAUAGUGAGACAUCAUCUUGAGUAGGUCUUUGAUGCAUUUACUGUCUCCCCAAGAAUACAGAACAAUGACCAAAAUACUUGGAGCAGCAGGUUACCCAAAUUAGAAUAGAUACUGCCUCUUCUAGGUCUCUCCCCGCAGACUCUUAUAUUGGAGUUAUUAAGGCAAGUAGAUCUAUGUCCUUGUUCUUGUGAAACAACAUAUGAAGAAAUGGGCACAGCGAUAGUUCCUUGAGUUUAUAUGUGUUACUUAUGACCUGGUUACUUAUUUAUAUACCAUCAAGGAGGCUCUCCUGCUCUCCACACCUAUUAAGAUGCUAUUGAAGGUCAUAGACUUUCUAUGGGCAGUAAAACUACAAGUGUGGAAAGGAAGGAAGAAUACUUAUGAAUAUGUACCCUAAUACUACUCUUGGAUCAAAAUAAACCAGAAAAAGAGGGAAGUCUCUGCCUGAUAAUAGCAGCUAUAUGCCUUUCUAUUUUGAUGAAAUAGCUAACUCCUGCAUCCUUUCUCCGGUUUCAUGCAAAAACUUGCUUCAAUUAUGCAUUUUAAAAUGUACAUUUAUGCAUACAUGGCUUUUGGAUCUAGCUCUCCUUUUCUGCUAUCAAUGUAUUUACUGCAGGCAUUAGAAGAUAAUUCUUUAUGUAUUCCUUUGCAUUUAUUUUCCAGUGGAAAAGAACGUUAUUCAGGUAUUUGUUCCACAGCCUAGCUUCCUAUUCCUUCCUAUGAAUUGACUUUCAGGAUUCACACAUGGUUAUGUGUUAUAAAUUUUUGUGAAGUGGACCAGCAAUUAGUCAUGAUUUUAAUUAGACCAGAACUCUAAGAAGUCCAUCCUUCUUGAAGAAGACUGUGAAGCCCAACAUCCUAAUUUCCUCCCUUUGUAGCCUAAGAUGCCUCUCCCUUCUGCUGACAUCUAUCAACUCAAAGAGGAUGCCUCUUUUUUUCUGUAACAAUAAGCUAAUAGAAUCCAACAGUUAAAAUCUUUUCACCUGAACAUGAAAUUAUAGCCUUGUUUUUACCAAAAGGGAUCCUGAACAUCCAGCCCCAAGGAGAAUAUUUCUCCAUAUUUGAGAGUAUUUUUGCUUACCACUAUGCAGCUAAGUCCCCAUCUACCUAUGACCCAAUGAAUUAGGGCAAAAUCAAAUGCCCAAGUAGAUCCAGAGACCUUCAAUUAAAAUAUUUUAAAGUGUGUCUAUGUUCCCCUGAGAAAGGGAAAGCAAGAGUCUCUGAGAGUUAGCCCAGAUUCCCUUGGCCAAGUCCUACCUACGUGAGACUGUUCUUUAUAACCCUUAAAAAGCUUUGGUUUUAGCUUUAACUAGAAUCAACAUGGCCAUUUUUGUUUCUGAAGCAAUAUUGUGUUUGUUUGUUUCUUUUUUCUUUAAAAUACUUGAAAAAAAGUGUGGUGCGUUUUUAUUUUAUCUGAAAUGUAGAAACGGUACUGACUUUGUGUAAUGUCACAAGGAUGUGAAGAAAGCAAGAAAAGGAAAGAAAUUGUGUCUGUAAUUGUGUUGCCUUUUAUUCUAUUGAUAGUCCUGUCUCGUCGCCUCAGAUUGGGGCUGUGCACUUUAGAUUUAAACUGUACAGUGUUGCAAAUCAACAUGUGUUGCUGUAUAAGCUUGUACAAUAUAUUAUGAUAUGUCACUUUCUGUGUGGUAGCUGUAUUGAAUCUUGAUAUUGUAAGAACUACAUCCACAUCUGUCCUUGUAUUAUCUCUUUGCUCAGUUGUCCACUCUUCAUAUUAAAUAACGCAGAGUAUGUCCUUGCUGCUAACCUCCUUUCUGGGAUCCACUAUGACAAGAGUGGGGUAUUUUAACAAAAAAUCAAGGUAAGAGUCCCACUUUUUCUAGGAGGAUAGAAUAUAAAUAUAUGUAUAAUUACAACAAUGUCUCAACUUGCUGAAGACAUUGUUAUUCAGUCCUUUGGGCAAAUAGAAUAUCUUCUGUUCCUUAGACUAAGAGCAAAAGGGCAUGGGUGAAGACAUAGUACAUGGAGAAGGAAGAGGGGGAUAAAUAACUUGGUUUCAUCUUGCACGUGCACAUCUGUUUUUCAAUGCUAUGUACAAACACUGUAUAUUUAUGAAGUUAUGUGUGCCACAAAACAGGACACAUCAGGUCUUUCAGGAGGUCAUGGGUAUUUUCCCUCACUACUUCAUUUCCUGCAGCCAGAAAAAAGACUUACAUGUCAACCUGUUCUUCUGACCAAAUAGAAACUUGUGUUUGAUCAAAGUAUUUUAUCUGUGUUGUCUCUUGAAACCCAAAUAAAAGCAAAAAAUGUGGUUACACACCAA